AUCUCGGAGAGUUACAGCCCGCCUCCUGGGCGAGAGCUGGUGAUCAAUGGAGGCUUCAAGGACACACUGAAGGUGUGGUCAUCUGACACAUCACGACAAGAUAUAAGAGAGCUCUCAUCAGAUCAUGAGGAGGCAGAUACUAGAAUAGUACUGCAUGCCCGAGACGUAGCAGCAAGAGGGUACAAGCAAGUCAACAUUUUGUGUCGUGAUAAGGACGUUCUUGUCCUCCUGUUGGCACACCGAGAGCAGCUUUGUCAAGAGAUAUGGAUGUUUGCGGGUACAUCAAGACAAAGGCGUUACAUACCAGUUCACAAAAUCCCGCUCUCCGAGGAGAAGAGGAAGUCGCCUCUGGCAUUUGAUGCCAUUACUGGCUGUGAUACGACAAGCCAGUUCUAUGGUGUGGGCAAGGCUUCGGCAUGGAAAGUCUUCGAAGAUGCACCUGACCUCUUGGAACACCAUGGAGAAGAAAGCCAAAUCAGUGCUGACGUUCUUGCAAAAGCUCAAGCCUUUGUAUGCAAACUCUACAAUCCGGGAACACAAGAGGUGGAAAUCAACAAAGAAAGAGCAGCAGCGUUUCGCAAAUCCAAGAAAGAUCUCGACGCCCUACCUCCGACUCAAGAUGCACUGAUUCUCCACACAAAGCGGGCAAACUAUCAGACCAUCGUAUGGAAUAAAGCGCUGGCACCAUGUCCUUCUCUCCCAAAGCCUGAAGACAGCGGAUGGUACUACAGUGAAGGCCUUCUGAAGCCAAAGUUAAUGACACUUGAAGAAGUGUCAGCGGCGUGUUUACAGUUAGCAUACUGUGGGUGCUCCCGAGAAGGCGGAUGCUGUGUAAACCGACGCUACACUUGCGUUAAACUAUCUCUUUGGUGUUCCAAGGCAUGUAAAUGUGGUGACAGGUGCAGAAACGACAGGAACACUGCAGCAGAGGCGAAUGAAGCAUGA